CACUCCGGUUCACCCCAGCCUGAGCCGAUCCGCCCAACCCCCCACUUCUCACUCCCUCGUUCCUCCUCCCUCAGGGCUCAACCCACGUGAUCGACGGUAGGCUCUGCCCACUUCGCAACCCCCUUUUGUGUCUGUCAUGUGACCCUGCAGGCUCGGCGAGGCCGUGCCCCGUCAUGCAGAACUGAGUGGCAGCGAAGCCCAAACCAGAGGGCAUUUCCAUCUCCCGGGUUCUGGAGAGGAAAGGAAGAGAGGUGGAGAAAGAAUAAAGCUGGUCCGGUUCCAUCGCGGCGGAUCCUGGCUUCCCUCGUCGGCUUCUUAAGCCGCCGGGAUUGCAACCCGACCGAAAGAGGAUCAAAGCACUCUGCCAGUUUUGUGAUGCCUUAAACACAAUCCCGACGUGCCCAUAAAAGAGGAGGAGUACUCGUCGUGGGCUGACGGUCAUGUUCCAGACCAGCGUCCUCUCCAUGGACAGAUUAUAAGCGUGGACUCUUGGUCAUAUAGAGGUAUUUUGGUGGAACUAUCAUAUCAAGAGCCAUGGCUAGCAAGAGGAAGUCCACGAUUCCCUGCAUGAUUCCUGUAAAAACCAUGCAUCUACAGGAUGAUCUUGAGCAGGGUAGACUCUCUCCUGCGGUUAAGGAAAGCAGUUUCUCCCACAAGGUAGAGGCAAGUGAAAAGGCCUUCCAUAGUUUGUGUGAAUUGUCAGGGCAGGACGCAAGUAAUGCCCAAAAAGAUAACGGCACUUACACCUGCAGGCCGUGUAAUUUCGAAACCCAUGACCUGAACCUCUUCCUCGAUCACGUCUACAGCGGGCAUCCAGAGUUCCGCGCCGACCCGAGCUUUUUCUGCGUGGACUGCGGAGUGAGUGCGGCAAAAUUUGAAGGUCUUGCCUUGCACAAUGCCCGCGUGCACCCCAGUACUGUCACCACUACGCUACAGCUAAAGAGGAAGGAUCGGAAGGUCACCGUGGAGCAGAUGAUCAUCGCCGCUCCUGGUGAAAUAACUAUCUUCAAGGAAUCGGAGAUCUCCAUCACAAAGACGCCCAUUAUGAAAAUGCUCAAGGGGAAAUCGGAGCCCAAGAGGAUCGUGGUUUCUCACCCUGCCGCAGAUGAAUCCACAACCGUGAAGCAAGCCGAGAUGGCCGAUUCCCCGGCGGUUACGGUCACUCACGUUCCUACAAUCGUACACAAUGACGCAGCAAGCAAAGUCACCUUGCCGUCAGCGAUACAGAUAGUCAAUGGUUCCGGAGCCCUUCCAAUGCUUAAGACGGCCAUCACGCAAGUCGUGUCCGUCGUCCAGAACAGAAGCGUCCACCAGCAGUCGUCUUCGGCUUCUUUAUCCACUUCAUCCUCUUCGAAUUCUUCCUCGUCAAGCUCCAAAAACCUACCAAAGGUGAUGAUUCCUCUGAGCAGCAUUCCCACCUACAAUGCAUCCAUGGAUACCAGCAGCUUCCUGAAAACGUCCUUCAGCAAGUUUCCGUACCCGACCAAGGCAGAGUUGUGCUAUCUCACCGUAGUUACCAAGUACCCAGAGGAGCAGAUCAAAAUCUGGUUUACAGCACAGAGGCUUAAGCAAGGAAUUAGCUGGUCACCAGAGGAGAUCGAGGACGCCCGCCGGAAGAUGUUUAACACAAUCAUACAGACAGCACCCCCUGCUGGUCAGCAGCGGCAGACUCAGCAUAGCACCUCUCAGCAAACCAUUACAGUCCUACCGGCCUCACUGGGUACAUCCAGCAUCCCUCACAUUCUACAAGGCAGCCUGGUUGGCCAAGGAGGCGUGAUCGUCACACAGCCCAUGCUCUCUAAUGGGAUACAGGUCAGCAGUGCUCCCGUUGCCCUGGCUGUAACACCCAAGCCCCAAGCUGCCACCAAGCCCAUGAUGCAGGCCAAGCCUGCUGCUGCCCUGGUGGCUGAUAAGGGGCUAAACAUGGUGGUGGGCAGUGUUGGAAGCAGCAAUAGUGGAAUCAACACCAUCAGUAGCAGCAACAGCAGCACAAGCAGUAUUAUUAGUAGUGUUAGCACAAACAGCUGUAGCAUGAGUAAUCACACCAGCGUGAUUAGCAUGGGUGUCAGCAGCAAUGGUAAAAUGAAAAGCAACAGUAAGCUCAGCACAUCUAGCACUAAUGGCAGAAGCAGUACACCUAGCAACAAUAACGGAAGAAUGGUUAACGAGAACAAAAACAGCACUAAUGUUAAGACUACCGUAGCAAAAAGUAGCGCCGAUAUUAAAGACAGCACUGAUACUAAAGGAAACACUAACGAGAGCAAAAGCAGCCGAAGCAAUAGUCCCAACGUUACAGCCAGCUCCAGUCCGACUCCCACGACCACCAGUGACGGCACCCCGAGUAAGUCAGAAUCACCAGCAUCUGCUAACUCGCGCACUCUCCCUUCCGCCAGCUUCCUGGAUCCCAGCUUUUAUAAAGCCAAAAAGUCCCAGGAACAGCUAUCUGCCUUAAAGGAGAGCUUCCUCAUUAGCCAGUUUCCCAGUCAAGAGGAGGUGGACAGGCUCAUAAGUCUGACUGGUCUGACGGUCCGUGAGGUACGGAAGUGGUUCAGUGACCGUCGCUACCACUUUCGCAAUCACAAGGGCUCAAAAUUGAGCACUGGUGGUCAGACAUCAACAGCCACUAGUUCUUCUGCCUACAGUGCCUCUGCAGACAGUGCAGACAAUGCUGCAUUAUUGGAAAGGCCUAGAACCCCUCAACAGGUACCUCUGAGUCCUUCAAGGCAACAGCAAACGACGCCGCCGACGCCUACCCGACGUCAACCUCGGCCCCCGUCCCCAGACUUCACAGCAAUACGGUACAAAGAAAGGGAGCCCCACCAGGUCCGUGCCCUCGAGGCAAGCUUUGCCCAGGAUUCCGAUCCGUCCGAGGAAGAGGUGGACAGGUUAAGGGCAGAAACCAAGAUGACUCGACGCGAGAUCCACGGCUGGUUUUCCGAGCGGCGGAGGAGAGUGGCGGCCGAAAAGAAGAAGGAGGAGUUAGAACGUGCGGAGAGGGAGGAAGAAGAAGAGGAGGCUCAGGAAGAAGUGGAGGGUGAAAAGGAUAAAACCGAGACCGCAGAAGAAAAACAAGACGACGAGGAAUCAUCGGAAACGAACCAGCAGACCAAGGAGGAUACGUCUGGAACGGCACCAAAGGUCAACCCGAUAAAGAUCAAUCUCAAAAUGCUGAAAGUCACCGAAGCCAACGGAAAAGGUGAAACGGAAGGAAGUCCGCAACCAGAGAUGGCUAAAGUGCCUUCUCCUGUCUCUCAGACAUCCACACCACCACUGUCCCAAACACCAAAUCGAGGAAAGAAGACACCAGAGCAGCUGCAUCUACUUAAACAAGCCUUCGCUCGCACCCACUGGCCCAGCAGCCCUCAGUACAACGAGUUAAUCACCAAAACUGGACUGCCACGCCCAGAGGUGGUGCGCUGGUUUGGGGACUGUCGCUACGUCCUAAAGAACGGCCAGCUCAAGUGGCUCGAGAACUAUCAGUCGAUUGUAGAAGACGAGGAUUUCCAGAAAGGCGACAUCGCUGUCCUUCAGGAACAUUUGAAUGUCUAUGGAAAUCUGGUGGAGGACCUGGUGGAGGAGCUAGUCAAGUCCAGUGGGUUGAGUGAGGAACUGGUCAGGAAAUGGUUCGCAAAACAAACAAAAGCACACGAACUGUCCGAGGACAGGAAGUCUGAGGACAUGGAACCUUCCUCCUACACGACCAAAGGCAAUGCUGCCUUGAAAUCGCCUCAACAGGACGAAGAAGACGUGAAAGGGGAACCGAUGGAGCUGACGGUGACGGACCUCAGUAUAGAUCAGACCACCAAGACAACUGGAGAAGACAUGUCUACCAGCGACGAGCCAGAGUGUGACGAGUGAAGCGGCAGCGUGCGGGACCACGAGCGAGCGAGAGAGAGACACGUCUCGCUGUAGGAUGUCCACCACAGGAGGCCUUUUACUGGAGAUUUGUGAAGAAUCCAGCACUCGACAUCCUCCGGUUUUGUUUUAACCCCACCCCCACCCC